CUAGAUUUUGACCCGCCCUUUAAAGGGCGGGCAUAUUUUUUGUUUUUUUUGAGAAAUUUAAUAUUUAUAUUUGUGUUAUUUUUUAUAAUCAAAAUUUUAUUUAAUUUAAAAUAAAUUUUAGUAACUAUAUUAAAUAUGUCAAGUUGCAUAACUAUACACUUGUGCCAUAUUGAUUUCAGAAAUUAUUUUUAAACUUUGCUUCUAAAGUUUGCAACAUAUUAAAUUUUCUUAAUAGUUACCUAACAUAAUUAAUCAAAAAUAUUUGUAUCCAAAAAAUCUGACUCGAAAUCGACCCCAAAAUUCAAAGUCUCAUAUUCUAUUAGACCUACCCUAUAUACUCAAACGGUUCUUGAAGUAUUAUAUCUGAAAAGUACAAAUCCAACCUACACCGAAAAUGAACAAAUUUUUUGAAAAAUAUUUGAAAAAAAUAUUUUUUUAGUAUAUUCUGUUAAAUAUAUAUAUAUAUAUAUAUAUGUAAAUGGGUUAAUAUGGUCUUCACUAACUUUAAGUAAAAUCAUAUUUAAUAAAUAUUUUUUAAUCGAGUAACCUAUUUAAAACCCGUUAAACUAAAAUCCGUAGAAUAUAUUUUUAUAAAUAGUACUUCCAUAAGAAUACAGAUUGUCAUUAACACAUGACUAUAUCAGAAACCACCCACAUCCUAAAAAUUAUGUAUAAAACGCAAAUCAAUGAACCAAAACUUUGAAGGAAGAAAAAUAACUAUUCAGUUAAAAAAGAAAGAAACGUAAUUGAUGCUUUCAAAAAAAAAAAAUGUAACUGUUUUUGUGAGAAACUAAUAGAACGUGGUUAGUGGUAACCAAAUAACCAAUAAAGAUUAUUUUGUUUCAAUAAUAUUAAUAAUUGGACACAACUAUUAUCAAUUGGACAUGUUUCUAAUUUAAUAGUAUUGAUUAAAUUAAAUCAGAUCUGGAAAAUAAUUAACAUUUCUUUUUGGGGACAGCGAAGAAAUAUCAUUCGAAAGCAGCAAAGCGAAAAGGCAGAUCACAAUCACAACAAAACUCACUUCUUCUUCACUCUCUUACAGAUUCUUCUUCCUCUGUCGGCACGAAUUCAUUGGUAUCUACUCGAAUCUGGGUUUAGUGUAAUAAAAUCGAUUUCAGUAAAGAAGAAUCUGGUGAGAGGAACCGUGGAGGGAAAAGAUGAGGAGGCGGAGGGUAGCUAGAAGGAGAUUGUUGAGUUGGAUAUGGCUUCUCCUUGGCUCUUUCUCUGUUGCUGGAUUGGUUCUCUUCAUGGUUCAGCAUCGUCAUCAACAGCAAGAUCCAUCUCAGCUCAACCUUGAAAGAGACACAAGAACCGACAACGUAUCUCCUCCUCGUUUAAACUUCACGGAAGAGGUAACAAGCGCUUCCUCCUUCGCUAGGCAGCUAGCAGAGCAAAUGACGCUCGCCAAGGCCUAUGUUUUCAUAGCCAAAGAGCACAACAAUCUCCACUUAGCUUGGGAGCUGAGCUCCAAGAUCAGAACAUGUCAGCUUCUCCUCUCCAAAGCAGCGAUGAGAGGCCAGCCCAUUUCGCUAGACGAAGCGAAACCGAUCGUCACCGGCCUGUCAUCUCUCAUCUACAAGGCGCAGGACGCGCAUUACGACAUAGCCACCUCGAUGAUGACUAUGAAGUCUCACAUCCAAGCCCUCGAAGAGCGCGCCAACGCAGCAACCGUUCAGACAACAGUGUUUGGUCAAUCCGUUGCGGAGGCGGUGCCGAAGAGCCUCCACUGUUUGAUGAUCAAGCUAACGUCAGAUUGGUUAACUGAGCGCCGUGAAGUGGCGGAUGAGAGCAGAAACUCGCCGAGACUCGUUGACAACAACCUCUACCAUUUCUGUAUCUUUACUGAUAAUGUAAUAGCUGCUUCUGUUGCUGUUAACUCGACUGUGGCCAACGCUGAUCAUCCGAAGCAGCUUGUGUUCCACGUAGUGACGAAUCGAGUUAGCUACAAGGCUAUGCAGGCUUGGUUUCUUGGUAAUGACUUCAAGGGGGCAGCGAUAGAGAUCAGAAGCGUGGAAGAGUUCUCUUGGCUGAAUGCUUCUUACUCUCCCGUUGUUAAGCAGCUGCUGGAUAAAGACUCGAGAGCUUACUACUUCGGGGACCAAGAAACAAACUCUGAGCCAAAAGUGAGGAACCCGAAGUACUUGUCACUACUCAACCAUCUCAGAUUCUACAUCCCCGAGAUCUAUCCUCAGCUGGAAAAGAUCGUUUUCCUAGACGACGACGUUGUUGUUCAGAAAGAUUUGACUCCACUCUUCUCCUUAGACCUUCACGGGAACGUCAACGGAGCUGUGGAGACGUGUCUUGAAGCCUUUCACCGUUACUACAAGUACCUAAACUUCUCUGACCCGCUUAUAAGCUCAAAGUUUGAUCCGCAAGCGUGCGGAUGGGCCUUUGGUAUGAACGUUUUCGAUCUCAUAGCGUGGAGGAAAGCGAACGUGACUGGUAGGUACCAUUACUGGCAAGAGAAGAACAGAGAGAGAACGCUUUGGAAGCUAGGGACUCUUCCUCCGGGUCUGUUGGCUUUCUAUGGUCUCACCGAGCCGCUAGACAGAAGAUGGCAUGUCUUGGGGUUAGGCUACGAUGUGAACAUUGAUAACCGUUUGAUAGAAACCGCGGCUGUGAUUCAUUACAAUGGAAACAUGAAGCCUUGGCUAAAGAUUGGUAUUGGUAGGUAUAAACCUUUUUGGUUCAAGUUUUUGAACUCAAGCCAUCCUUAUUUACAAGAUUGCGUCACAGCUUAGAAGAAAAAAAAAGACUUUUUGAGAGAGUUGAGAAGAUUCUUAUACACUUUGAAGAUUCUUUUUUGUUUUGGAAUGUUUUGUAGAGCUCAGAAAAGUUUGUCAGGUUCAGAUAUUUUCUGAAGACUGUUGUUCUCUUCUUAUGGUCUGGUGAGAAAUUUAUAAUCACACAUUAGAAGGUCUAUGAUGUACUUAUGGUUUACUAGAUUACAGGGAUACUUAUUUUUUUGUGAGCUUUUUGUUAUAUUUAUUAUCAUCUAAGGAUGGAUGGAUAAUUUAUUUCCUUUUGUU